AGAAAAAUGAAAAAGUUAGCAACAUAAAUGGGUCCAAGGCCACAAACCUACCCCCACGCCCCAGUCUGGCACUCAGCGAGGAGUCAAUUCAAAUUACGAAUAGAUUAAUAGGGGGAGCCUGGAUUCCGAGGCCACCAACCUCCUCCUCCUCCUCACAGACCGUGUCCGACCAUCUUCUCUCUGUGAGACUGUGAACAUGGAGGCUCCGGGCAAACAAGACAUGGACAUAGUGCUGUUCCCUUUCAUGGCGCAAGGUCACAUAAUUCCUUUCCUCGCUCUAGCGCUUCAGUUGGAACGAAGCACAAACAAUACCAUCACCGUGGUCAACACCCCUUUCAACAUCCAAAAGCUGAGGGCCUCUCUCCCGCCACACUCCUCCCUCAACCUCCUCGAAAUCCCUUUCCAUGCCUCCGACCAUGGCCUCCCUCCCAACACCGAGAACACCGACGCUGUGCCUUACAGCCUCGUCAUUCGUCUCCUAGAGGCCUCCACUUCUCUGAGGCCCGCUUUCAAGCUCCUCCUCCAAAAUCUCUUGGACUCGCAACACCACCGACGGCCACUCUGUGUUAUAGCCGACAUAUUCUUUGGAUGGACUGCUGGUGUGGCCAAAGAGGUCGGUGCGUUCCACGUUAUCUUCAGCGCUUCUGGAGGACAUGGCAUGGCCUGUUACUAUUCUCUCUGGUUCCAUCUCCCUCGUCGGAACGGACAGUGCGAUGAGUUUUCACUGCCCGAUUUUCCAGAAGCCGGCCACAUACACAAAACACAGCUACCGACCAACAUAUCGGAGGCGGAUGGCAGCGAUGCGUGGUCAUUGUUCCAAAGGAAGAAUCUUUCGGGGUGGGCUGACUCAGACGGGAUCCUGUUCAACACACUGGAGGAGAUUGACUCAGGUGGACUGCACUACUUUACCAGAAAGCUCGGCCUGCCGGUGUGGGCGAUCGGGCCUGUGGUCUUAUCGACCGGGAGCGGAUCACGCGGCAAAGGAGGCGGUGUGAGGCCAGAGCUAUGCCGAGAGUGGCUGGACACAAAGCCAUGCAAUUCGGUAUUGUAUGUGUGUUUUGGGUCAAUGAACACGGUGUCGGCGGCACAGAUGAUGGAGCUGGGGAUGGCGUUGGAGCGGAGCGGAAGGAAUUUCAUAUGGGUAGUGAGGCCCCCGAUUGGGUACGACAUCAAUUCGGAAUUCAGAGCGGAGGAAUGGCUGCCACAGGGAUUCGUGGGGAGGAUCCGAGAGUCAGGGAGGGGGCUGAUAGCCAUUGGCUGGGCGCCCCAGCUGGAAAUACUCUCGCACAAAGCCGUGUCUGCAUUCUUGAGUCACUGCGGUUGGAACUCAGUUUUGGAAGCGCUGAGUCACGGGGUCCCCAUUCUGGGAUGGCCCAUGGCUGCCGAACAGUUCUUCAACUGCAAGUUUCUGGAGGAACAAGUGGGCGUUUGCACGGAGGUGGCCAGAGGCAAGAGCUGCGAGGUUCGGCAUCAAGACAUCGCCGCCAAGAUUGAUGCGGUGAUGGCUGAUCAGGGCAAAGGGACCCACAUGAGAACCCAAGCUCAUCGACUCAGAGACAUCAUAGCUAAUGCCUUCCGAGAUGAGGAUGCCUUUACGGGGUCUUCUAUCCGUGCCAUGCGUGAUUUCUUACACGCUGCGGCCACACUGAAUGAUCGUUGAAAACAGCAUAUACCCAUUUCAUGUAUGGACGCAUGCCCAUACCAUCCCCCCCCCCCCCCCCAAAAAGAAAAAAAGGGUAACCACAAACAUAAUCUGCUUUGCUGUUUCUGUGCUGUCCUUCGAUAUCAUCUCGUCAUGGAAACAAUCAAACACACUAAUAAACAAUCCACCAUCUAUGUUAUGGUUCAUUGACAUUACGAAAAAGAAAAAGAAAAUACAUUCCCAUAUAGCGUAGAACUUCAGAAAGCACAUAAUUUGCUCUGCUAUAUCUGUGUUUGUUCUUCGAUAUCAUUUCGUCAUGGAAACAAUCAACCACACCAAUAAGCACCCUAUCAUAUGUUAUGUUAUAGUUCA